ACGCUUUAUCGCUCUAACGGUAAAAUGGAUUUCCACAUAAUUGCCUUUUCCUCGUUGAGCCAGCUGCAACGACAGGGAAAAUGAAAAAGAAAUGAGUAAAGAGCUGAUGAAAGUUGUGUGGAAUUUUCAUGAUUUCGCUUUGAACAAGAUAUUUUCAUUUAAAAUGAACGCAGUCAAAAAAAAAAAAAAACUAAAUGGAAGCUAAGUCAAUAUUAGAAAGUCAAAACAAGUAUUGAAUUUCUGACUAUAAUCCUGUUAAUUUAAAAAGGAUUCUAAAAAAACAUAAACACAAGUUAAAAUUGACAAUUUAAUUAUUUUAAAUCAAAUUUACAUCGAAAUAAAUAAAAAUGUUCUAAAAGUGAUAGCUAUAUUAUGGGUAUAACAUAUUAUUUAUGAACAGCGCAGUUUAUUUUGCGUUUUUGCUGAACUUGAAAUUUAAAUGUUUAAUGAAAUCAUUGCCAUCAACAGAGACAGACCCAGAGUCAGACCCAUACCAAAACCCAGUCCCAUUCCCAUUCGCUGUCAUGUCAUGUCAUGUCAGAUUGUUCAACACUAACGAAAAGCCCCCGGCAAGUGGUCACUGGGCUCAUCCAAUGUAUAUGUAUAUUGUCAGCGAAGGCGUCGCAUUUUGCCUACGGUGCGAUUUUGAUGAUGCAACUGCAACAAUCACCCAUGAUGUCCCACUCCCCAUCCCCCUUUCAUGUCUCUCAUGCAUGUAAAAGUGAGUAAAAACAAUCGAAUUAAUAGUCAUACCACAACAGAAAUUGAAUUGGAUUAUUAUAUUAUACAAUUGUAUAUAGUUAUAUUAUUUGGGUUUUUUCAUUUCUUAGUAAAUGAGAAAAUUGUGCAGCGCCAGCUGAUGGACGCUUAUAUUCGACAGAAACGCGCCUCGCCGGGAAUGGUUCAGGCGAGUGAUCUACAGAUCAACAGGCCGAUGUCGGGAAUGCGUAGCAACAGUCGGGAGUUACACGCCUACGACGGACCCAUGCAGUUCAUGGGGUCAACACAGAAUCCGGAUCAAAUUCUAACCAACAACAGCUCCAGCAUUCACUUGUCAAGCUCAAUCAACUCGAGUCGCAACAACUCCAACAAUUUGCGAAGCCUUAGCACCAUUAGUCAGGAAGCAGAUGUUAUCGAAGAGAUCUCCUCGCACGAGCUGGAGGAUGAGGAGAGCAGUCCCGUGACGGUUGUGGAGCAGCCGCUGCCACCGCUAAGUGCCAACUCGACACAGUCUCAGCGAGCUCGCAACCGUCAGCAAUCCUUCAACGAUACCCUGGAUGAAGAUGACUAUGCAAAUCGUAACAUAUCCGGUGUGGCUCCAGUGCGUCCAGUUGGCAUUGCCUCGUCCUAUAAGGAGGACUCCGCGAUAGAGGGCAGCAAUGGGGCAGGCAAUGGCAGCAGCAGUGUUGGUGGCAGCGGGGAGUCAGAGGGCGAUGUCAUAGGCCACAUUGAUCAGUUUGUGAUGCAGCCGGCGCCACAAGGAGUGCUCUACAAGUGCCGCAUCACAAGGGAUCGCAAGGGCAUGGAUCGGGGUCUAUUUCCCAUCUAUUAUCUGCACUUGGAGCGGGACUACGGCAAGAAGAUCUUUCUGCUAGGUGGCCGCAAGCGAAAGAAGAGCAAAACAUCCAACUAUAUCGUCAGCUGCGAUCCCACCGAUCUGUCCCGGAAUGCCGAUGGUUUCUGCGGCAAACUGCGCUCCAAUGUGUUCGGCACAUCCUUCACGGUAUUCGACAGUGGCAACAAGGAGAGCACGGAAAGUCCACGACUCGAUCUGGCAGUUAUCAUCUAUGACACAAAUAUUCUGGGCUUUAAGGGACCAAGGAACAUGACUGUGAUACUGCCGGGCAUGACUGAGGACGAUCAACGUGUCAAGAUUAGCUCCGCGGAUCCCAAACAACAGGGCAUACUCGAUCUGUGGAAGAUGAAGAACAUGGAUAACAUUGUGGAGUUGCACAACAAGACACCAGUUUGGAACGAUGAAACCCAAUCCUAUGUGCUCAACUUUCACGGCCGUGUCACACAGGCCUCUGUGAAAAACUUUCAGCUGGUGCACGACUCGGAUCCCGAGUAUAUUGUCAUGCAGUUCGGUCGCACCUCCGAGGACGUGUUCACCAUGGAUUAUCGCUAUCCUCUCUGCGCCAUGCAGGCAUUCGCCAUAGCUCUCAGCAGUUUCGAUGGCAAGAUCGCCUGUGAGUGAAACUCCUCGGUUCUCUGAGUUCUUGCCACUAGGAUUCUCCGCAGCACUUGCGAUUGUCUUAUUUAUACGACUUGCAACCUUGCAACUUAUUGUGUCGUCUAUAAGUACAUUUCAUGAACUAUGUUAUAUGUGAAUCUGAUAUUUAGGAAUUAUCACAACAAUUUUCAUACAUAUUGCCCAAAAGGUUUAUGAAAUGGCAUUUACGUUUGACUCCUGAUGAAAUCAAAAAAAUAUAUAUAUUCUAUAUUUGUAUAUCUAUCAAUUCAGAUGUCAAAUAUACCUUAAUAUCAUAACUGAUAUACUUAGAACUCUACCUAAAUAUUUCGCAGCUCAAACGUCAAAUGUAUGUACUAUAUUUAAAAAACUGUCUAGUUUAACGUACUCGUACUAAAUAUAAUCCACAAUUCUAGUCACCCGGCAUAGUAGAUAACAAACCAAAUAUAAGUACAUAUACAUAUAUAUGUGAAUACUUGUAGUAUAUUUAUGAAAAUAUUGUAUAUUGAUGGCAAACUUCAUUGUACCAUUUAUUCAAAAUGUGCUCACCGAUUUUGUAAAAGGCUUUUCGAAUCCCAUAAAAAAAUCAAAAUAUUUCAAAUACAAAUCAAUUUUAUAAUUUGAAUACAGAUGAAAAA